CGCGUUAUAAGCCGCGGAGGGCGGCUCGCCGCGCCGCGCCGUCCCGUCCCGUCCCGUCCCGCCCGGCCGCACCAUGGCGCUCAGCGACACCAUCCUGCCCUCCUUCGCCACCUUCGCCAGCCCCUGCCGCGAGAAAGCGCUGCACGAAAGGUGGAAGUGCGAGCAGGAGGCCAAAGCCCCCGCCGGCGCCUGGGGCGGCCUCUCGCCCCGCAAAGAGGACGAAGAUCUCAACACCGUGCUGGAUUUUAUCCUUUCCAUGGGCAGCGACGGCUACGGGCAGGGCGCCGGCGGCGGCGACUAUCCCGCCGCCCCCGGGGACAGCGGCGGCUUUUACCAGGGCAACCCGUCGCCGGGAUGCUACAGCGCCCUGGAGCAGGGCAGCCCCCCGCCCUACGGCGCCGGCAUGGUGCCGGAGAUGAUGAGGUCCGAGAUGGACUCCAGCUUCUGCCCGCCCGGCAGCGUCCACGGGCGCUUCUUCGUGGCGCCCAGCUUCGGGGGCCCGCAGUUCGUCGAGAACAUUAAGCCCGAGCCCGACAUGGACAGUUACGGGCCGGUGCUGGGUCUGGUGCCCCAGGCGUGCCCCAAGAUCAAGCAGGAGGGCAACGCGACCUGCAUGCUGGCCUACGAGCAGCCGCGGGUGGCCAGCUCCCCCCAGAUCCCCGGGGCCGAGACGCCGCCGCUGAGCCCCGACGACCUCAUGGUGAACGACUGCCACGCGCCCAUGAUGUGCCCCUCGUCCGUGCCCUUCCCGCCGAGCUACCACCCGCCCUCCGGCUUCCACCACCCGCAGCCCCAUCUCCAGUACCAGAGCACCUCCCAGUUCGGCCUGUUCGAGGACAGCCUGCCCCUGCAGCCCUCCGCGCCCCGCGGCGUCCUCACCCCUCCCUCGUCCCCUCUGGAGCUGCUGGACUCCAAGCCGAAGAGAGGACGGCGCUCCUGGCCCCGCAAGAGAACGGCCACCCACACGUGCACCUACGCGGGCUGCGGCAAGACCUACACCAAGAGCUCGCACCUGAAGGCCCACCUCCGCACGCACACAGGCGAGAAGCCCUACCACUGCAACUGGGAAGGCUGCGGCUGGAAGUUCGCCCGCUCCGACGAGCUCACCCGCCACUAUCGCAAGCACACCGGCCACCGGCCCUUCCAGUGCCACCUCUGCGACCGGGCCUUCUCCAGGUCGGACCACCUGGCCUUGCACAUGAAGCGGCACAUGUAGCCCUCGAGGCUCUCCCCUGCCCACAGCGGACAGUGUAUUUCAGUGCUCAGGUGCAGAACCGUUCCGAAGCCUGUAGCUGGUACUACGUAGGGAGGCACCGACGCUCGCGCCGUGGAAGCGGAGGAGGAUUUGACACGAGGAGACUUAGCCAGGCAUCUCCUGAAGACGAGUCGAUGGGACUGUAUCCGUGUGCCCGCCCAGCCGUUGGGGGGGACAGGGUUAUUUAUACAGCUUCAGUGAAGGGGAAAACUCCAUAAGACUCCAUACAGAUUGUACAGAAGAAGCUGUAAAUACUGAUUUUUUUUUAUUAUUAUUUUUAUUUUUUUCCCCCCGGUUCUGACUGCCCGGUCCUAAGCUUUACGAGACAAUGUUUGUAUGGAAACUGCCUGAAGUUGACCCUAGAGGAGAUUAAGUGAAUGUUACUGUAGCUACCGAUGUUAUUUUAGAUCUCAGUUGAAGGCAUGGCUAAGAGAACACUCCUAUUGUUAGACUGUUUGUUUCACAGGUGCAAUAAUAUUCUUGUUUGCCAUGAUCUACACUAGAAGUACAGGGCUUGAUGUCUUGUAAGAAAAUAACCUAUUUUACUGUCUAAUUUUUUUAUAUAUUGUAAAUAGUUUUAUACAAUGAGAAAUAUUGUAUAUGUAAAUAGAAGACAAAUGGGUAUUUUGCCUAUUUCUGUUUUUAUAAAAACAUAAUUUUUCAAUGUUUGAAAACAUUUCAUCUUUUUAAUAAAAUAAGUUUUUAAUUGCUGUGA